GUUGUGACGCCCCCUAGCGAUCAUGUAGCAAUGUGCCACAUUGCCUCUUCCUGUUUCAAAAGAAGGCGGAAGCAGCAUCUUGGGGAUCUAACAUUCGUCGCUGAGCUGUUGAAUUCGUAUUUCGCCACCCAACAUGCCGGCGUAUCACUCAACUAUGCAGGAGGAGAACACCAGGACGGUGGGGAACAUGGCUUUACUGCCCCUUAAAACACAGUUUAAGGGACCGGCGAGAGGAGACGGCAUCGAUUCUGACAUUAUUGAUGAGGCUAUCUACUAUUUCAAGGCAAAUGUUUUCUUCAAGAACUACGAGAUAAAGAAUGAGGCAGACAGGACGCUGAUCUACAUCACGCUGUAUAUUUCUGAGUGUCUAAAGAAGCUGCAAAAGUGCAGCUCUAGGGGCCAAGGGGAGAAGGAAAUGUACACACUCGGCAUUACCAACUUCCCCAUUCCUGGAGAGCCCGGUUUCCCGCUCAACGCAAUGUACGCCAAACCUGCUAACAGGCAGGAGGAAGACACAAUGAGGUUGUACCUCCAGCAGAUCAGACAGGAGACUGGAUGGAGGCUAUGUGAACGUGUGUUCGAUCCCCAGACAGACAAGCCUAGCAAGUGGUGGAUGUGUUUUGUCAAGAAGCAGUUCAUGAACAAGAGUCUGUCUGCACCAGGACAGUAAAACUGGCAGCGUGUAGCGUUUUCAUCGGUGCCUGCCCGGUGGAUGCUUUUUUUCCCCCUCAUGGUCGAAUUCAUGCUUUUUGUGGUGCAAUUUUAUACUAGAGUUCCGAAGGUUGUGAACGUGGACAUAAGAUUGAGCUGUUGCUUAAUUCAAUAAAGCAAUUAUGGCUGUUGGAA